AGGUGUCUAGCACACAUUCUGAUUCAGUUCAGGCAAGGCACAGGAAGACAAGCCCUCGACUUUUUGAUCCGAUUCUCUUUUUAUCUCUCUCGAUCAACCUUCCGAUCUCUCCGUUUUUCGUCGUUUCGCUUCCAACUGCUCUUCUUCUUUGGUAUCGAGAAGUUUGAUUUAUCGAAAAGGAUGGAUUUGGUCUCUGGCUAUAAGAAUCGAGUUCAAGGUGUUGUUGGUCGUGUGUUUGGAAAUGAGAGUUCCUCCUCUAGUGAAGAUAGUUAUGUUGAACGGUUGCUCGACCGUAUCAGUAACGGUGUUCUGGCAGAGGACAGAAGAAACGCUAUUACUGAACUUCAAUCUGUUGUAACUGAAAGUCGUGCUGCGCAAUUGGCUUUUGGGGCAAUGGGCUUACCAGUACUUCUGAGUGUUUUGAAGGAAGAGCGUGCAGAUGUUGAAAUGGUUCGCGGUGCUCUUGAGACUCUUGUUGGUGCCUUGACUCCACUAGGUCAUGUAAGAGGGCCUGAAAAUGAGAUUCAACCGGCUUUGUUGAAUGCUGAUCUUCUUUCGAGAGAACCAGAAAGCAUUGCUCUUCUUCUUAGCUUAUUGUCUGAGGAGGAUUUCUAUGUGCGCUAUUAUACACUACAACUUUUGACAGCCCUCCUUACAAAUUCUCAAAACAGGUUGCAGGAAGCUAUUUUGACCAUACCUCAGGGUAUAACUCGGCUUAUGGACAUGCUUAUGGAUCGAGAGGUCAUAAGGAAUGAGGCCUUGUUGCUUCUCACAUACUUGACACGUGAAGCUGAGGAGAUUCAAAAGAUUGUGGUCUUUGAAGGAGCUUUUGAAAAGAUUUUUAGUAUUAUCAGGGAAGAAGGGGGUUCAGAAGGUGGUGUUGUUGUGCAGGAUUGUCUUGAGUUAUUGAACAAUAUCCUGCGAAACAAUGCCUCGAAUCAGGUAUUGCUGAGGGAGACCAUAGGUUUGGACCCUUUGGUAUCAAUUCUAAAGCUCAGAGGAAAUACCUACAGUUUUACUCAACAAAAGACUACUAACCUACUUGGUGUACUGGAGACCAUCAAUUUGCUGGUGAUGGGAAAUCUUGUAGCUGAUGUUGGCAAAGACACCAUCAAGCUGACCAAUAAAACAGUCUUGGUCCAAAAAAAGACUCUGGACUAUCUUCUAAUGUUAGGAGUAGAAAGUCAAUGGGCACCCAUUCCUUUGCGAUGUAAGGCACUUAAAUGCAUUGGAGAUCUAAUAGCUGGAAACCCCAAGAAUCUUGAUAUCCUUGCAAGUAAAUUUCUUGGAGAGGAGACAAAUCCAGAGCCUGCUUUAAAUUCAAUCCUCAGAAUCAUCUUGCGCACUUCAAGUAUGCAUGAGUUCAUAGCAGCGGAUUACAUUUUCAAGUGCUUCUGUGAGAAAAACCGUGAUGGGCAAAUGAUGCUUGCUUCUACGUUGAUCCCUCAACCACAGUCAAUGACUGGUGCUCCAGUUGAGGACGAUGUGAACAUGUCAUUUGGAAGCAUGCUUUUACAUGGGCUUACCUUGAGCGAGAAUGAAGGCGAUCUUGAGAGUUGCUGCAGAGCUGCUAGUGUUCUCUCACAUGUAGUACAAGACAAUCUCAAAUGCAAAGAGAAAGCUUUACAAAUAGAACUUGAGGCCCCAUCCUCGUCUUUAGGAGGCUUAGAGCCAUUGUUGCACCGCAUGGUCAAAUAUUUGGCCGUUGCUUCUUCAAUGAAAAAUCGGGAUGGAAAAACCAAUCUAUCUGAAAGUUCUUAUACACAGCCGAUCAUACUAAAAUUGCUUAUCACUUGGCUUUAUGAUUGCCCAAGUGCAGUGCAAUGCUUCCUAGAUGCACGUCCCCAUCUUACAUAUUUGAUUGAUUUAGUAUCGAAAUCAACCUCGUCAGUUACUGUCAGUGGGCUAGCAGCCAUACUUCUAGGAGAGUGUGUCAUUUAUAAUAAGUCCAAAGAAAGUGGAAAAGAUGCAUUUGCGAUAGUUGAUGUCAUAAGUCAGAAAAUCGGGCUGACAGCCUACUUUCUGAGGUUUGAUGAGAUGCAGAAAUCUUCCCUUUUCUCUGCUGCUGCUGCUAAGUCAUCCCAUUCUCAUACACCCUUGUCAAGAUCUGCAGCUGCAAGUAUGGUGGAGAUUGAGAACGAGGAUGAGAGUACAACUUCUGCAAACAAGGAUGAGGAUCAUCCCAUACUAGUGCCCUUAUUUGACUCACAAUUUGUUGACUUCAUUAAGAACUUAGAGGCAAGUAUUAGAGAAAGUAUUAUUGAUACCUAUAGCUGUCCGAAGAGCAAGGUGGCUGUAGUUCCAGCGGAACUGGAACAAGUGAGCGGUGAAAGUGAUGCAGACUAUGUCAAGCGACUUAAAUCUUUUGUGGACAAGCAAUGCACUGAAAUACAGGACCUUCUGAGUCGUAAUGCAACUUUGGCGGAAGAUGUGGCGAAGACAGGUGGGAAUGGUCAAUCUAGAGCAGAGUAUACUAGAUCGAGUGGUGGUGGUGGUGGAGGAUCAGAGAGGGUUCAAGUAGAGACCUUACGCAGAGAUCUCCAAGAGCAAUCCCAACGAGUGGAGAUGUUAAAAGCCGAGAAGGCCAAGAUUGAAUCUGAAGCGAUAAUGUACAAGACACUGGCUGCGAAGACCGAGUCUGACCUGAAGAGCUUGUCUGAUGCCUACAACAGUCUUGAAGAGGUAAAUUUCCAGCUGGAGAAGGAAAUUAAGGCCUUGAAACUGGGAGGGGCGGUGGCUGCUCCAGAUAUCGAGGCUAUAAAGGAAGAAGCAAGGGAGGAAGCGCAGAAGGAUAGUGAAGUUGAAUUGAACGAUUUGCUGGUCUGCCUUGGACAAGAGCAAAGUAAGGUGGAGAAGUUGAGUGAAAGGUUGAUGGAGUUGGGGGAAGAUGUUGAUGUAUUGCUUGAAGGUAUUGGAGAUGAUGCAGCUGGAGGGAUUCCGGGUGAAGGCGAAGAAGAGGAAGAAGAAGAAGAAGACUAAGUUUUCCUUGUUUGGAUGUAUAAUCAUUGCGGUUAUUUCAUUUGCAUUUUCAGUCUUUAUAUGGUACGCUGGAUUUGGCCAGAAUUGUGUGGGAUUUCUUUGUACAUUUUUAGUCAUUUAUACAAAGUCUUUGUUAUUUAUGACA